GAUAAAACAGUAAACGUAAUUGCGUCACUUCAAAAUCAGCCAAUCAGGUUCGAGCGUCCAGAAGGAGUGGCGUUUGGUUGAAGUUUGAUAGACACAAAGCCGAACCGCGAGUAGUGUUCGUGUUCUUAGUUCUGCAAAUCCAGUAUGUCCCCGGAGGUUGAGCCCCACCUUCCCCCGGUGGGUUUCAGCUCCGCCGUGGAGGAUCUGACUUUGAGUCGUGGUGAUCUUGACAGCAACCAUGAGCCUGGGAGGACCGGAGCAGAGUCCCGGAGCAGCGGCUGUGAUGGAAAGACUUCCUUCCUGAAACUGCUCAUUGAAGCAGAAGCAGCUGCCAGCUCCGCAGCGAUACAGCUGGUGUCCUUCAGACAUGCAGAAGACGGAUUAAUCGACCCGGGAUCCUCCACCAAAGACAAGCGAAGGAUGGCGAGACAGCGAGGACUUUUGCUGGAGAAGUUGGAAGAUUUCAGACAAAUAAACAAGUCGCUACGACAAAAGCUGAGGCGUCUGCAAGCCUCUGAGGCUGACAGGAUUGAUGCAGAGCAGCAGAUGGACAGUCUGAUGAAGAAGAUGGCUCAGGCUGAAAGGGAAAAUGAGCGCUUGAAGAAAGACCUGAAUGAGAUGGAGAAGCAGAUUGAGGAGCUGAUUUCUCAGCGGAGGGAACAGCAGGAGGAAGUCAGAGGUGCAGACCUGAUGACAAAGUCUGCAGACGCAGCUAACGCUCACAUGCAGGGCCAGCUGCGCAGCAAGGAAGCUGAAAACCGCCGUCUGACCUCACAGCUGCAGACUUUGGAGAGAACUGUAGUAGAGCAGAAGAUGGUGAUAAAUGAUCUGAGAGCUUCCAUGAACAUUCUGAACGAGAAAGCAUCAGAGGACAGAGAGUCUCUCAAGAAGGCGACACGAGCGCAGAAACGGAGAGCUGAGAGGUUUGAAGCAGCCAUAGAGAAAUGCUACGCACAGCUUAAGGAGAAGGAGGCGCAGCUGACCAAAGCUCGGACAGAAAGAGACUCCAGGCGACAGCAGAAGGAGCAGAUGACCAACGGGAAAGACAGACUUCAAGCUCACAUAGAGAUACUGAAAAGUGAAAUCGCAGACCUGACUCUGAGGCUGCAGAAAGCAAAAAACGACCAGAAUGCCGCCGACGAAACUGUGAAGCGAAAAGCCGACAAAGUCAUGGCUGACAAUAACGACCUCCUGGCCAGUAAUGCUGCACUCAAGGCGUCUGUGACUCGGCUGGAGCAGCAGCUCGCUGAUUGUGAAUCUGCCCUCGUGGAGGAAAAGAUUCUCUCUCAGGAGAAGAAGCUUGAAGUUGAGCAGUGCCAGUUUCAGGCUGCGGAACUUCAAGCUGAACUCGAUCAUCUAAGAUUAAGAUAUGCAAAUCUUUUACGAGAGACCCAGAAAACGAAGAAUGGAAAAGAGGCAGAAGUUGAAAAGAUGGAGAGCCAGGCUAAGCAGCUGAGGUCGUCUGCAGAGAUGACGGAGUCCGUUCUUCACACCAAUUCACAGCUGCAAGAGAAAGGACAGGCUCUACAGAAGCAGAUGGACAGACUGCAGCAGGAGAACUUGGAGCUGGUCCGAAAGCUGGCCUAUCAGGAAGAAGCUCUGAGUUACAGCAAAGGCCAGCUCGACCAACGCGCGUCAGAGUGUCAGGCUUUGAACCGGCAGCUCGAGGCGGCUCUGUCUGACGUCAGACAGCAGGUGAACAAGGUAAAGAGUCAGGCUGCUUCUCGAGAGGAGGCCCUUCAGACCAAAAUCCUGGAACUGGAAGCUGAGAAGAGCAAAAGGGACAACGAGCUGAGGCUUCUCCGUCAGAGCAAGCUGACUUCAGAAAGACGGUUUGAGGUGCGUCUGAAGGACCUGCAGCUCAGCCUGGACCAAUCAGAGAGCCACAAACGCAGCAUCCAGAACUACGUGGACUUCCUGAAGAACUCCUACAAGACCAUGUUUGACGAGGGGCUGCAGGCGACCACUUUCAGAUCGCUGCAUGUGUUAGACUGAUCGAGGUUUGGAAUUAUACCACUGGAAUAUUCAUUUACCCCAUAGAAUAUGAAAUUAGAAGCCAGGUUUAAAGCGGGGUCAGGGUUUGGACAAAAACUGUUUUUACAGAUAUUUUUUAUUUAAAAGUUGAAUAAUUGCAAUUUUUAAACUACAAACUCGGUGCUAACUUUUCUCUUCAAUGAGCCGCUUGCACAAAUAUAAACCUUUAAUAAGAGAUUAUUUCUUUUUUUAUUUAAUGUUUUGCAAAUUAGUUAAAAUAAUAAAGAAUUCUGACGUUUUAUUUAUGAUGAGCUGAUAUAAACACUUAGUUUAUUCUAGUAAAACAGAGUUUACAGUUUUUUUAAUUAAGUGCUCAAGAUAUUAAAGGUUUUUUUGGGGGUAAAAUGUUAAACUCAGGCUAACUGUUUUUUUAUCUUUGUUAUACUUUAAUCCUGUUUGAAAAGUACUUUUAAAGUAGGAUAAAAUUACAUUUGUCUCUUGUGUUUAACAGAACAUUUAUGCACCUAAAAACCUAAAAAGACGAGCCGCUGAAAGACACGUAGAGAUGAUCUUCAAACUGGAUUAAAACUGGAAUUAGGGAUUAUUAAAAUGAUGCAGAUGUUCAUCCAAACCAUGUUUUUACAUCAAUAUGUGAUGCAAACACAAACAUCUUGGACUGGAUCUCAGUGUGCAGCAGGACAAAGUUUAACACACUGAUGUUCAAAAUGUUUACAGCAACACAAACAAACUAAGAUGAUUCAAUUAAAAAGGAACAUUUGAAUCUUGGUUAAUUAUUUAUGAUUUAUAUACUUAGAGCUGCAACAAAACAUUUCAGAUUAAACUGCUUUGCUUUUUCAGCUUUUUCCUCCAAGUACUUUAACUCAAAAAUGGUGAUUGGUCUGAAGAUUCUUUUCCACUUAUAAAUCCUUGAAUGUUUUUCUAUUUUAAGCAUUGUUUGAUACAAUGAUAUGCUACAGAUGGUUGUCAUGGUUACGACUGUCUUCAGUGUAGCUAGUGAUGUUUGUGCGUUUUCAUUCUCAGCUGGACUGAGAUGAAACUGACGGUUAAAUGUUUAGUUGAUAUAAAUCUGAAGUUUUUACCUUCAGGCUGCAAUCAAAUGUUUGUUGAGAGUCUCUUUGCUGUUUUAACGCUCUAACUUGUUAAAUGUCUUUAUGUUGAUAAUGAUUUACCCAUUAAUGCAUUUUUCUGUGUCUUUUGCUGUUUGAAAUUGUGUUAAGAAAUAAAUGCUGUAUAGCAUUACUGUGA